CGGUGAUGGGCGAGAGAUGGACUGCAGCCCUUAACCGUUUAGAUUCAAAUGAUCCAUAUGGUUAAUGUUUUUAAGACAAAAAAAAAAGAGGGCCUAACCUGCAGGAACCCUCUACCCCCGCUGAUUUGUGGAGUCAAUCCCCCGUUUUAGUGAGAUGCAAAUUGGUACCAAACCAAUUUUCCUAGCCCUAGCCUCCGGCGCACUCUUGAUGUUCGCCGGCCGUCCGUCAACGUAGCUUGCCGUCGUGAUCCAGCUCUUGAACCCCUCGGAUCGUGGCUGCUUCGUGGAGCACGGCGUCCGUUGUCUCUGCAUUUGCACUCGAUUUUCAGGAAGGGUUCGUUUGGUUGCUGUCGUUGGGUUCCCCUCUACGUUCAGCAGUCGGCUCAGUUCCCGUUCUUCGCCGCCGUCGAUUGAUCAGCCCUCACUGGUCGCGUAAGUCGCCGUUGACCGUUCGAGUUCGCGAAGGCGUUCGCGCGAAAGCCACAUCGCUCUCCCCUUAUGGCUGGGUCGACACCGCGAGGGACCCCACAUGUGGUACUGCUAGCUUACUUCGUCUCCGUGAGUUUCUCAAACCCGCCUCCCCACAUUACACCCACGGAGCCAAUACCCUGCUUCGACGUCGACAGCUUCCAAUUAGCAACACAAGAGAUGGAGGCGGACCCAAGCGAGGGGGAUGAUGACCCUCGAUGGACUCAAAGUGAUGCGUUUGAGGAGGUCCAUCGUGCAGAAGAACGUGGGGUCGGGGUGGAUGAUGAAUCUUGUGACUUCGAAGACCUUCGCGGAAUGACUGUGGAUGACAUUUUGAAGAAGGUUUGGGUCAGCGUGGAGACUGCAUACGAGUAUUAUCGAAGAUUUGGAAAAAUGCAUGGGUUCGGUGUGCGAAAGGGUGACUCAGGGAAAGACUGCGAAGGGAACUUGGUUAGAUAUAGGUUUUUUUGUAAUAAGGAAGCUUUUAGGGAUCAUAAACACUAUGAAAGGAUUGAUAGAAGGAGGGAACACAAACCGGAGACAAGAACUAACUGCAAGGCAAUGUUAUCGAUUUUUUUAGACAAGACUGAUAAAUGCUGGAGGUGAGGAAACUAGUCACCGAACACAACCAUGAGUUGACACCGACAGGAAUGGUGCACUUGAUUGCCAAUCAUCGUGGGUUAACGGAAACGGCAAAGAGUCAGAUAGAUGGGAUGCAAGCGCAUGGUAUUGCAACGGCUAAGAUUGUAGGGUACAUGGCUGGUAUGGCCGGUGGGUACCCGUUGUUGGGGUUUCUGAAGAAGGAUGUCUACAACUACGCUGACAAACAGCGGCGUAUUAAAAUAUCUGACGGUAUAUCCCGGGCUCCCUUCCUCUCCUCACCACAUAGUACCGGAAACGACCAUGUUCCAUGUGUGCUAGUUCUUAUGU